UCGUGUCUGGGGCUGAUGUCCAUUUCAGACUGCUCAUUUGCACUAUUGUACUUGCUGUACACCUCUCUGCAUCCUUCGCCUAACUCAAUCAUUGAACUUUGAUCAGUUUUUGCCAAAAGGGAAAAGCUCUUUCUGUGUAUCCUGUGACGUCACUGCGAUGGACUAUGACCCAGUUUUGACAAAUUACCAUGCUUGGCUUGCACGUUGUUACGAUAUGUAAUAUUCAUCGUGUGCAUCACGUCCCCGAAUAUGUCAAUGGGACAUCACGUGACUUCAUGUACGGACUUCCGGAGUAAAACAAACUUCAAGCAGACUCCUCCUGUGAUCCUUAAGUUAUGCAUCAUUCUCGAAUACAACAAAACGCAUAACGAAACAUGGUGUCAGAAGUCGUGACAACUCACUCUCAUCACUAAAUGAACUUUAUUACUCCCAACUCAAGUGAGUUUCAGUGAACUAACUGUAUUUGACCGGCAAACUCAAUCGUGUCAAACCCACGUGCGUUGUUCGACUCGCUGCAUUGCACAACUCUAAAAUAACUUUCUACAAAGUGAACUGAAGCUGAAACUAAUUUUCAUUCUGAAGAUUGAUGUUUAUUAUACGCAACAACUUGAUUGUGAUAUAAUUUGCACUUGAAAUACUCUCUCUAUGAACUCCAUAUGACAAAAUUAAAAAAGUAUGGAAGUCUAUGUGGUGCCAUAAUUCAAUUUCGCAAGAAAUCUACUGAAGUGCUAUGGAAGCCUAAAAGGGUCUUUAUUUGAAUUUUCAUUGUUUAUGGCAAUUUGAACUUUUAAACAGCAAACAAGUAAUUUUGAAGCAGUUUUAUGAACUUUUAGGAAGAAAAUAAUUUCUUUCUGACAACUUUUAUCAUCACUAUGGCUGAAGAGCAAGCACAACAUGUUACUCAAGCUACAUUUCAAGGCAAUAUUCCCCCACCUCCAAGACUUGAAUUAAAGGGAAAUCUUGCACAGAACUGGAAAAGAUGGAGACAAAUCUGGGACUCUUUUGAAGUUAUGGCCAGAAUUGAUGCAAAUGACCAUAAAUACAGACUUGCUUCAUUCAUAACCUACAUAGGUCCAGAAGCUCUUGAUAUCUAUAAUGGCUUACCUUAUGAGUCUGAGGAGGACAAAGAGAACAUGGAUACAGUGUUAACUCUCAUGGAAAGGCACUGUCUAGGUGAAACUAACGUCAUAUAUGAAAGAUACAUUUUCAACCAAAGAUCACAAAUGGAAGGUGAAUCUGUAGAUACCUACACAAACACUCUCAGAACAUUGGCUGCAUCUUGUGAUUUCAAAACGUUACAUGAUGAACUCAUCAGAGACCGAAUUGUGUGUGGUCUGAGAGAUAAUGCAACACGUAGAAAACUAUUGCAAGAACCUAAGCUGACUUUGAAGAGAUGUAUAGAUAUAUGCAGAGCAACUGAAUCAACCAUGGCUCAAGUAAAAGCAAUGUCAAGUGCCCAAGAGGAUAUCCAUGCUGUUCGCAAGAAAUCUAAAACUCCAUCCAGACGUCAACCCCCAGACAAAAGUAAACAUAGUAAGCCUGUAAAUGACUCACAACAGAAAACUCUCAUGUGGAACUGUAAGUAUUGUGGUAAACGUCACCCACCUCAACGAGAGCAAUGCCCAGCAUAUGGUGUCAAAUGCAGUAACUGUGGUCGAUUUUCACACUAUGCCUCCGUGUGCAAGAGUAAGAAGAAACAUUCUUCCCGAGUACACAGAGUCGAUGAUGAUUGUGAUGAAUCUGAUAUUGAUCCUACAGAGGAACUGAUGACUAUAGAUACCUGUGAAGAAUCUGUCAAUUGUAUUGUAGGACAAUACCCUACUAAAAUCUUCACAACACUUGAAGUGAACUCUCAACCAGUACGAUUUCAGGUAGAUUGCGGGGCUACUUGUAAUGUUAUCUCUAAAAAGUAUCUCCCAGAGGAUACUGACAUGCAGGAUACGUCCGUUAACCUGAAGAUGUACAAUGGGUCCAAGCUUACUACAAUGGGAACUGCUAAUCUCCAUUUACGCAAUCCCAAGAACUCUAAAAAGUAUCAUGGCAAAUUUGUUGUGAUUGCUGAGGACAGAACACCACUGAUUGGAUCCUGUUCUGCUCAACAAAUGAACUUUAACCAAGUGCUCCAUGAAAAUAUUCUUGAAGUUUCUGAAGAGAAACCUCCGUCUGAGAAAGUCACAUCCUCAACUGGUCUUACAAAAGAGGACAUACUGAAGACUUACCAAGACAUCUUUAGCGAUGAAGCUAGAAAUUGAUCCAAGUAUAACGCCUGUCAAACAGCCACUCAGGAGAAUUCCACAUGCUCUCAAGCAAGACCUCAAGACAGAACUCGAACGUCUAGAAAAACGUGGUGUAAUUACUCCAGUUGAUACACCUAACGACUGGGUCUCUAGUCUCUUGAUCGUUAAGAAGCCCUCAGGACGUCUACGCCUAUGCAUAGAUCCUAAACCUCUCAAUAAAGCUCUCAAAAGAUGUCACUAUCCAUUGCCUGUUAUGGAAGAUAUACUGCCAGAUAUUGCAGAAGCCAAGUUGUUCUCUAAAUGUGACUUGAAAGAUGGUUUCUGGCAUAUCGUACUUGAUGAGGACUCUAGUUACACUACUGCCUAGAAGUUCAUUCCCCUUACAGGCAUGGGCAACGCGUUACGCAACCAGUGUGCAUCGGGUUGGUCACGCG